GCUCAGAUCUCUCCCGACUUUUUAUCUAAAACUUAGACUGUUUUCUGGUAAAAUAGCACUAUAUCUGGUACAUUACUGUCUUUAUUUCAACACUCGCUCAUUUUCUCUUCCGUAACUUUCACUGUCACCAAUCACCGAUACAUUUUCUGUCCGUUAGCCUCCGUUAGCAUCUUAGCAUGGCCGCUCCGGCUCCCACCGCUUCACCUCUUUCCUGCUCAGUGUGUGAAAUGUUUAGUUAUUCCUCUGCCUCCUUUAGUGAAGACGGUAAGUGCUUAAAGUGUAGCUUAUUUGCAGGGCUGGAGGCGAGGCUCAGUCAGUUAGAGGUCCGGUUUGGCCAACUAAACCAUAGUCCGAGAGCCUCCUCAGCUAACCAGGCUAAGCUAGCGGCGGACCGGCCCGUAGCAGCUGAGCGUAACCGCUCCCCUGCAGCUCCCGAGCAGCCGACCAGGCAGGGCAGCUGGGUGACGGUUCGGAGGAAGACUAGUCUUAAAGGGCUCACGGAACACCACCCGCUUCAUGUGUCUAACCGUUUUUCCCCACUCAGCGACACAUCUGUUGAGAAACAGACCCUGGUGAUUGGAGACUCUAUUGUGAGACAUGUGAAGCCGACUCCAGAGACAUUAGUUAGGUGUAUCCCGGGGGCCAGAGCGGGCGACAUAGAAGCAAAUUUGAAGCUACUGGCAAAGGGUAAUCGUAAAUAUGGUAAAGUUAUCAUCAAUGUCGGAGCUAAUGACUCCCGUCUUCGCCAGUCGGAAGUAACCAGAAUGAAUAUUGUCUCGGUGUGUAACUUCGCCAAGACCAUGUCGGACUCUGUAGGUUUUUCUGGCCCCCUCCCCAAUCUGACCAGCGAUGACAUGUUUAGUCGCAUGCUCUCGCUCCGCCGCUGGUUGUCUCAGUGGUGUUCAGAAAACGACGUGGACUUUAUUGACAACUGGGAGACAUUCUGGGGAAAGCCCGGUCUGAUUAGAAGGGACGGCAUUCAUCCCACCCGGGAUGGUGCAGCUCUUAUGUCUAGAAAUCUGGCCAAUGUUAUUAGACACUCCCCCUGACAAUGCAGGGUCCAGGCCAGGAUGCAGAGCUGUAGUUUAACAGGGCUGGAGGCGAGGCUU